UAACUUCCUCACUACCCUGCUUUAAAACAGAGUGCCACCUGAGAAGAAUAGACAUAAUCUCUGCUCCACAAAGAUUUUCUGAGAAAGGAAAAUAAAGGGCUACAGAGAGAUGAAGAGAGCCAAAAAACCAUCUCCUCCAGUUAUUCUUUUUUUCUUAGUUAUUUUCCUUUUCACAUUUUCAAUUAUUUCUGUCGAGUCGAGAAAGAACCAAGAGAGGAAGAGCAGGGCUCAUAAGCAGAGGAAACAGAGGAAUGACAAUGGCCCGGACAGUGCAAACUUCCCAGGCCCUGCAAUUUUUGAUGUUUUUUCCUUUGGAGCUAAAGGUGAUGGAGUAUCCGAUGAUUCAAAGGCACUUCUAGCAGCAUGGAAAGCUGCCUGCAAGAUACCGGGGGCUACUGUGAAAAUUCCAUCGGGUUUCGAGUUUCUGAUCAAACCCAUAACACUGCAAGGCCCAUGUACGCCACACCUUGUUCUUCGGAUAGAUGGAACUCUCUUGGCUCUUCCAAAAGUAGGGUCAUGGCCAAAAUCCAGUUGGUUUCAAUGGAUAAAUUUCAAAUGGGUCCAAAACCUCUCCAUCCAAGGUACCGGUAUUGUUGACGGUCAGGGCUCUAAUUGGUGGAGUUCUUCUCAGACCGAUUACAUUCAGAAGAGAUCCAAACACAUUCCAGAUGUCAAACCAACUGCAUUGAGAUUUUACGACAGCUCUAAUGUCACAGUUCGUGACAUUAGAAUCAUAAAUAGUCCUCAAUGCCACUUGAAAUUUGAUAACUCUGGUGGGGUGAAGAUCGACAACAUAACAAUCUCUGCACCCAAAAACAGCCCAAACACUGAUGGAAUUCACCUCCAAAACACCCAAGAUGUCGAAAUCCAACAUUCCAACAUUGGAUGCGGCGAUGAUUGUGUAUCAAUACAGACUGGCUGCUCUAAUAUUCACGUUCAUCACAUAAACUGUGGCCCUGGACAUGGCACAAGUUUAGGGGGAUUGGGGAAAGAUAAAAGUGUUGCCUGUGUAUCCGAUAUCGUUGUGGAAAACAUCUUUAUGCAAAACACUCUAUCCGGAGUAAGAAUCAAGACAUGGCAGGGAGGUAUAGGAUCUGUCAAAAAUGUAACAUUUUCCAACAUUCAAGUCGAAGAUGUUAAGGUUCCAAUCAUGAUCGAUCAGUACUACUGCGACAACAAUUUCUGCAAAAACCAGACAGGAGCAGUGGCAAUACGUGGCAUAAAAUUUGAUCAGAUAAUCGGAACUUAUUCAGUGCAGCCCAUUCAUCUUGCUUGCAGCAACGAAAUUCCAUGCACGGAUGUUGAUCUGAUCAAUAUUCAGCUGAAGGCAUCGUCCUCAAAGGGAUAUGGUGGAUUUGAACAAGCUCUGUGUUUUAAUUCCUAUGGGAAAUCGCAAGCUCCACUUGUUCCAUCAAGCAUGGACUAUUGCUUGAGGGGUGGUGGUUCUGUCAAGAGAACUGCAAGUUCACAUGAGAAUAUUUGUUAGCAAAUUUGUAUAAUUUAGCUGUUCCAUAACAUGUAGUAUUUUUUUUUUGUACGCUGUAUUUGGUUGGAGGAUUUGGGAGAUAGAUUUGAAAAAUAAAAAAGAAAAGAUAAGUAAAAUGUGAAUAAAAUAUAUCUAUAUUUCACUUAGUUUUACACACUUUUUCUCUUUUCCUUUCUAAAUUUUUCUCCAAAUCUCCCAACCAAACACAGUUAAUGUUUUUAUGCUUCCCUUUUCUGCAAUGUUUUUACUGUGGGAAGGUGAUAAAUUAAUUUGGUUUGUUAAUAGUACAAUGUGACUCUUGCUGAUUUUUAAGCUUUCUUGCCAAUGCCAUGAA